ACCCACUAUGGCUCUUGCACGGGCACGGGCUAUCAUGCUAGUUUUAUAUUAAAAUAACAACAUUUUAGUGGGAAUGAAUCCUUAUUUUCAAGGAGGCCAGACAUGCCUUGCGUUAGGAUCUCAAAGGAAACAAUAGUGGAAUAAGAUUUAUGUGUUUGUUGUUAGAAUUACAAAGUUGAUUGAGAUUGUAAAAAAGCAUGUCCGAGUUGGAUCCAGCCCCAGCCCCAGCCCCAGCAGCAGGAGCCGAUCCACUAAGCAAGGCAUACGGCAGCCUGAACGAGGUCUCCCCUGACCUCUCCGUCCUUCACGACCUAGCCUGUCGUGGCUCAUGGCUCACUAUUCUCGACAAAGUCAUCCAGGCUCGUCCCCACCUCUCCAAACCCCAUCACCACCUCACUUACUUCUCCUACAAUCUCCUCUCCUUGAUCAAACUACGUCGUUUCUCCGAUGCCUUGAACCAACUCGAUUCCCUCGACCAUUCUCUCGAUUCCCCCAAUUAUCUUUACCAGACCUAUCCCAAACAUUACCCCAAUCAAUGCGGCUCCAUGGUGCCUUUCAUUCUUCGUGUUUUGCACGCUGAAUUACCCGCUAAGGUUAGUGGGAAUAGUAGGCAGGAGACUCUGGAUAGGUUGUAUGUUUUGUUGGAAUUUGUAAGGGGGAAAUUGGUUAGUGACAUUUUGUCAAGCACCUCGCGUGCGCUGUGGGAAAAGAGGGAAUGUUUCGUUAUUAAUUCAAUUAUUAGUCAUCAUUUGAGUUUGAAACAAUACGGGGUUUGUUUGGAUUUGAUUAAGUAUUUGAUCCAGAAGAGUGAGAGUGAUGGUGAGGGUGAUGAUCAUAAGUUGGAUCACAGAAUGGGUUUGUUGUCGAAAUUAGGGUACAUACAAAUGCAGUACGGGGAUUUGGAUGGGGCCAAGGCCACGUUUGGGUUGAUUGAGAACCAAGUGGAUGACAGAGUUGAGUUGAGGAAUUUGGUUGGGCGGAAUAAGGCCCUGAUUUAUUUGGUUGGGAAGGAUUAUGUUUCAGCGGUUAGAGAGUAUGACGAGUGUAUUGAGAGGGAUGGGAAUGAUGUUGUGGCCAUUAAUAAUAAGGCGCUGUGUUUGAUGUAUUUGAGGGAUUUGUCCGAUUCAAUUAAGGUGUUGGAAAGUUCGUUGGAGAGGAUUCCAACUAUGGCAUUGAAUGAGACUCUUGUGGUGAAUUUGUGUAGUAUGUAUGAAUUGGCCUAUGUUAAUCAUGCCGAUAUUAAGAAGACGUUGAGCAACUGGAUUGCUCGUGUUGCUCCGGAUGACUUUGAUUCGACGUGUACUCGUGUAUGAGAAAGUUGCCGAAUGCUGCAGGCAGCUAUUAUCUGUUAAGACUUUCAAAGAGGCUGAAUGUGGAGUUACUUGGUUGACUAGUGAAUAGAAUUCGGUUGAAGGCUGUCAGGCCAUGCAUCGUAUUGUUUUUCCUGAUACCAUAAAGUAUUUGGAAGAGUUGGAAUACAAAAGUAAAAAAGUUUGAAUAACUAUGCGUUUGUAAUUUUACAAGUCUGCUCCUAUCAUAUGAAAUUUGUGCUUCAUUGUUCUGAUAUGCUAAAAACCUCCCAAUUAGUUUGCA